UUUGAUGGGCCACAAAAAACAAACUUAGGACAUCUGCCUAGGUACAGCAAGUCAGCGAAAGGGCUUCUUAAUAGUCUUCCGCCUGUGACUUUCCUAAUUUUUCAGGAGAAGCGCGACCGAGCAGCCCCGGCGCUUGCUGAACGGCCUCCCCCUGCAUCGCUUCCUGGAGAAGGUAUACAAAUGCUCUCAGUCCAGCCAGACACCAAGCCGAAAGGUUGUGCUGGCUGCAACCGAAAGAUCAAGGACCGGUAUCUCCUGAAGGCACUGGACAAAUACUGGCAUGAAGACUGCCUGAAGUGCGCCUGCUGUGACUGUCGCUUGGGAGAAGUGGGCUCCACCCUGUACACUAAAGCUAACCUUAUCCUUUGUCGCAGAGACUAUCUGAGGCUCUUUGGCGUGACGGGCAACUGUGCUGCCUGCAGUAAGCUCAUUCCUGCCUUUGAGAUGGUGAUGCGCGCCAAGGACAAUGUCUACCACCUGGACUGCUUUGCCUGUCAGCUCUGCAACCAGAGAUUUUGUGUGGGUGACAAAUUUUUCCUAAAGAAUAAUAUGAUCCUUUGCCAGACGGACUACGAGGAAGGUUUAAUGAAAGAAGGUUAUGCACCCCAGGUUCGCUGAUCGAUCAACAGCACCCCAUUAAGAAUACAAAGCACUCCAUUCUUUUAUCUUUUUUGCUCCACAUGUAUAUAAGAAUUGACACAGGAACCUACUGAAUAGCGUAGAUAUAGGAAAGCAGGAUGGUUAUAUGGAAUAAAAGGCGGACUGCAUCUGUAUGUAGUAAAAUUGCCCCAGUUCAGAGUUGAAUGUUUAUUAUUAAAGAAAAAAAAAGUAAUGUACAUAUUGCUGAAUUUUUUUGCUUGCUAUUCCUUUUUUGUGUCACUUGGCAUGAGAUGUUUAUUUUGGACUAUUGUAUAUAAUGUAUUGUAAUAUUUGAAGCACAAAUGUAAUACAGUUUUAUUGUGUUACCAUUUGUGUUCUGUUUGCUUCUUUGUAUUGUUGCAUUUAGUACAAUCAGUGUUUAAACUUACUGUAUCUUUAUGCUUUCUCUAUCUACCAGCUAUUUUAAAUGAGCUGUAACUUUCUAGUAAAGAAUUGAAGAGCAAAUCUCACUAGCGAUACACAUAUAGAUAAAGCAAGUCUGUCAACAUUGAAAAUACUAAAAAAUAAAGACACACACAGAGCAAUUUAGCAACACCCACUAUUAUCGCACUAUGAUUUAGAGUCUCGGUGUUCUCAUUAUAACCUCCUAUUUUCAGGGGGUUAAAGAUCAGCUUUAAAAAAAUGCAUAAAAUUUUCAUCUUAAAGCACUUUCAUUUUAUACCAACAUGAAAAGUGCCAUUUUUAGAAUAACUUGAAGGCUUAACAUUAUCCUUUUAAUAUCUUUUUGUGUGUGUGCUCUUUACCUAUACAAUAGCGUUUUUCUUUAUUUUUUUUCGCCAUUCACCUCUUAUGUGUACUAGUGCCUUUGGUUAUCAUGUAAAAAUUUUCCAAAGGGUUACUUUUAAGAAGUAUUAUAAUAAUUAUCAGAUGAUUUUAAAGUGAUACAUUUCAUAU